CAGUCUAUUUUAGAACAAGAUAAAACGGGGUAUGAAAGAUAUUUCGAAGAUCAUCAAAUGAAAACGCGCACAUCCAACAAUACCCUCGUUGGCGUUGGUAUUUUAGAUAAAGUCGAAUGCAUGAAUAUAUUGACAAAGAUCCCUAUUAAACACAAGGCUGAAAUUGAAUUGCUUUCAAACCUUUAUAAAUGCCAAUUUUUACAAUGGUAUAUUGAAUUAAAGUCUGGUUUUAACCUUUUGUUCUAUGGAUAUGGAUCAAAGAAGCAAUUACUUGAAGAGUUUUCGGAUGCCUACCUUAGAGAUCGACCACUUCUUGUAAUUAAUGGCUUUCUUUCCAAAUUAAAGAUUAAGGAAAUUUUUAUACAAGUUAUUAGUGGUGUUAAUAUGGGUGUGAAACCAGGAUCACGUGAAACUUUGGAAGAACUGACGGAAAUAAUUAAGGAGUAUUUUUCCGAUCCUGACCGGGACGUUCAAUGUUUAUACAUUAUGAUACAUAACAUCGACGGUCAAGGUCUCCGUACAUUGCAAAUACAAAAUUGUCUUAGUAUACUUGCAUCUUGUCCCAAUAUUUAUUUUAUUGCUUCUACGGAUCAUAUCAACGCGACCUUGCUUUUUGAUCAAGAUCGAGCAACUAAGUUCAAUUGGAUUUGGCAUGAUAUCACCACAUUCAACCAUUAUGAA